GGGGUUUCGCAUACACUUCGGACAAUGUGAUUGGACAACGCUUACGCGAAGGCGGGGCCCAUGACGCCACUGUCCUCGGACUAGAGAAAGACGCCAUUUUGUUUUUUAGCGGUGAGGAGGAGAACCGGAAAAAUUGUAGCGAAACUGCACCAAAAGAACCGCCACCAUGGGGAAUAUGUUUGCAGGACUCUUUAAGAAUCUCUUUGGGAAGAAAGAGAUGAGAAUUCUGAUGGUGGGCUUGGAUGCUGCUGGAAAGACCACCAUCCUGUACAAACUGAAACUGGGAGAAAUAGUCACCACCAUUCCCACUAUCGGUUUUAAUGUUGAGACGGUAGAGUAUAAGAACAUCAGCUUCACUGUGUGGGAUGUGGGCGGUCAGGAUAAGAUCCGGCCGCUUUGGAGGCACUAUUUCCAGAACACACAAGGCCUGAUUUUUGUUGUGGACAGUAACGAUAGGGAGCGAGUGAAUGAGGCGAGGGAGGAGUUGACGAGGAUGCUGGCAGAGGACGAGUUGAGAGAUGCUGUUCUGCUUGUCUUUGCCAACAAACAGGACCUGCCCAACGCGAUGAACGCAGCCGAGAUCACAGAUAAGCUGGGCCUUCAUUCCCUGCGUCAUCGUAACUGGUACAUCCAGGCCACCUGCGCCACCAGUGGGGAUGGCCUGUACGAAGGGCUCGACUGGCUCUCCAACCAGCUCAAAAACGCUAAAUGAUCCAUUCCACCCUCUCCUCUUCUGUCAGCGCUGUGUGUGUAUGAAUGUGUGUGAAGGGUGACAGCACUGGUUUCAGUCUUGCCCGGUUGCCCAGUUUAUCCAUUUCUUUCUCUUGUCCAGUCUUGUAUACGUCAGAGACUCUGCCCAGUGCUGUCUUUAAUACACAUGCAAGAGUGUGUGUGUGUUUACGUGUGUAUGUAUGUGUGAACUGAGGGUGGGAGUAGCCUUGCUGUGCCUUUCAAAAUAGACACUCAGUGUACAGCACGGUUCUCUCUUUCUCUCUCUUCUCCCUCCUCUCCCCGUGGUUUUCUGCACGCAAAGAAUGACCCAGGAUGUUAAAUAUUUCUGUUACCUAAUACACUGAAACCAGACUAUAGGCCUGAUUUGUCCCUUUCCCAAUGUUUAAAGCAAUCACGCAUGUCUAAAAUGUUACAAGGUGUGAGUUGCCAUCCUUUGACCCCACAUUUGAUAAAACUCAUUGUAACCUGCAUCAGGUUGGGAAAAAAAGAAGGAAAAAAUCAGACAAUAAAGUGACAUUUCUUUUCCAUCCAUUCUUCUUCGCGUUAUUUGAAAAUCAUGCUAAUGCUUUCAGGUACGUCACAUGACGCUUUCCAUGUGAACACCAGCUCGCUUUCCCUACUGCUGUCCUCAGUCAAGCGCAUUCAAGCACAAGCCCGUGAAACCUUUCGUUUACACAAAGUCAGUUUGUACAGCGUCUUAAACUAUUGCCUGUGGGGAAGAAAUCAUUUGACCCUGUGUCUGCUUUUUCUUUUUUUUUUUUUUUUGGGAUCUUGCUGAUCAUCCAAUCAGAUCCCAGGCACUAACUAACAGCCUUACAUGUGUUUUGAUUUCCAUGUAAGAGAUGACUGCAGAAGUGAUGGGCGUUUGUGGGAGUAUGGAGGGAGUGAGCGCCUUCUGCUGGAGCAGCGAGGCCUUUUGCGAGCUGCUCCCACUCCAGUGAUUCUUUUUUUUUUUUAUUGUUGUGAUGAUUAUUUUUUUCUUUAUUAUGGUCUCUUUCAAGUUGUCCUGCAUCAUAUGUACAGUCAGAAUCUCAUGAGUGUUCAGGUGAGGCCACUAAGGGCUUUUUGAGAUGCAUUCUCCCAAUUGUAAUCUAAAAUUGAGACACCUGAUAGGUAGAUGAAGAUCCAGGCAUAUCUGUGACUGAUCCAGAGUCGCCAACGAGCUCCAUUGGUUCCUUGGUUGGUAUGAGAGAAUUGCAGAACAGCUGCAGGUCAAAAUGUAAACUCCUCCAGCCAGCUUUAGUCCUCCCUCUUCCAUUUCUCACAUUCUUUCCUCCUUCCUUGUUUCUCUUCAUCGGUUGGUGGCUGCUCUACCUGAUGCACCAGUCCAUUUUGAAACACGUCACUGAUAGAAUCAAGCACCAGCAGAGAGAUGUUCGCUUUGAGAACGUGUACAUGCAUCUUAUAAUAAUCCAAAACUGACAAACACGUUUUGUUUUCCUUCAUAUUCCAAAGGCAACUGCAGUGUUGAAUACAGCAUUGAAGAUUGUGCUGUAAUGACUGCAGUGGUCCUAACCCUGUACUGACCUCUCACAAGGGAAUAGGUGACGUUUCACCAUGUGUGAACCUUGAUAGCAACAUGAAUGCAUUUUAUUUGUUUUUCCCCCCCUUUGUCUGUCACCAAAAUUCAUGUUUCAUAACUCUAAUAAUGUUUUUUGGCCUUUUAGUUAUUGAUACAGAUCUACUGUAGUAGAUAAAGAUUUAUUUGAAUAAGCAUCAUCUAUGACAAGUAAUUAAAGUGUAUGAGUAUGAAAAUGUAUUUAGCUUGCAGAUUUCAUUUAGCUAUCCUAUGUUCAGAUGUGAAGCUUUAAUUUCAAAAAUUCUGUAAAAUAAUAGGAGCAAGGAACGUGUGCACAUGUUUGUUUUCUUUUACUGAAAUGGUUUUUGUUUUUAGCUUUUUUUUCUAAACCCAUCUUGUAACAUCUGAUAAAUGCACUAUAAUAAAGAGAUCUCUAUUACAAUUGA